GAAACGUUUCGGACGUUGUCCGACGUUACAGUCAGUGAGACGACGAAGUCGACUUGUGCAGCUCAACGUCUUGCGUAUAGAUUCAUAACAUAGUUUUCAAGGAUCAUUCGAUAAACAAUGUCGUCUAACGAAUCGACACUAAUGCUGAAGUGCGGGUUGCUGGUUGGUGACCAAGCGGUUGGCGAUUUCUUAUUCAUUUCUUGGUUUUAUGGCCAGCAAAAACCUUUCAUUCGUCAACAAACUCAAGGCGAGGUUGCUCAAACAUUGAGGGAGAAGCUGAAAACCAACUUUCCUGACAUUGUUGAACCUUUCAAAGUUGUUUUCAUAGACGACUUUGACGACAAGAUUAUUUUGCCCAUCGACGACAUCAAGGAAACCGUCACUGCAUUGCGUUGCUUCGAUUAUUCAUCUAGCAUGUCACCGAUUCAGAUCUUCGUUCAAGUUCCAGAUUCAAAAAAUGUAACUAAAGACGAAAGUAAAGUAGAAGAGCGGACGGCUGAAAUACGUUGUUGCGAAGAUAGCGGACAGAUGAUUGCCAACACGUUGAGCCAAUUAGAGAGCACUAUUCAGAAUUUGGGUGAGCGCAUAGUGGUUCUUCUUGAAGAUCUUUCGGUAGAUUCAAAAUCAGCGAAAGACACAAAAUCGGCUGAAAUUCCCAUUUUGCGUCAAGAGACGAUCGACUUGACCGAUUCGAAUUUGAACAGCCAAUCGUCCGAAAUGAUAGAUUCAUCUACAACAACAGUUCGCUCACGAAAUUCGUCGUCUUCCAGUUCCUCGUCUUCCAGUUCGUCGUCUUCCAGUUCGUCCAGUUCGUCGUCGUCUUCCGCUUUUUCGGUCCAAAGUCACUCGGAUCAUUCCGGCGAACGCGAAGAAGAAGGUUGGAUUCGAGUCAAUGGAAUACGACGUCGACGAUUGACAACCGAAAGCAGCUGCGCAAGUCAUCGGUCGGAUUAUUCACAAGAUGGGAUCUUGCGCUCGAUGGAAGAUGAAAUGAACGAUUUCAUAGCCGGAAGUCCCGAUACGAUGAGCCGGAGUCCGUAGACUGGAGUCGGAAUGAUUUGGUCGCUGCGGUUUUGGCAGCAAUUAUUAUUCUUUUUACUACUUUAACAUGGGCCACUUUUGGGGGAAACUUUAUGUCAUUUAAAAAAAAACAUUGUAUUCAUUCAAUAAAUAUUGGAAAUUUAUAAAAAAACAAAAAACAAUUCCAAUUCCAAUCAAUUUUUUAC